AUGGCAGCCGAAAGAGUGGCGCAGUCUGAGGACAAGCUCACAGCCUCCGGGAGCGAUGACGAGGCUCUGGACGAAUUGCUAGAGUCGCUGGAGAAUGACGACUCUUUUCUCGACCGCUAUCGUGAACAACGCACAGAGCAGCUUGCACAGCAUUUCCGAGAGGCGCGUCAAAAUGCCGCUAGCGGUGACUACGGGCAACUGCACACGUUGGAGGACGAGGGCGCGCUGCUUGCCCUUUCUACGCGAACCGCUCGCGUCGUGAUUCAUUUCUACCUGGAGACGUUUCCGCGCUGCCAGACAAUGGACUCCAAACUGCGAAAGUUAGCUGCCAAGCACAUGCACACGCGCUUUGUUCGCAUCUCCGUCGAGAAGUGUCCCUUUUUGGUUCAGCGCCUGGGCAUCAAAGUCCUCCCAUGCGUUAUCUCGUACCGGGACGGCCUCGAGCGCGAUCGUCUCGUCGGGUUCCAGGAUUUGGGGAACCAGCCUGAAGACUUUCCGCUGGCCGCACUCGAGCGGCGACUGGCCUCUAUUGGGAUGCUCCCUUCAGGUGCUGAUGCGCUGACCGUGAAUCGCAUCGAUCGAGAUCAUGAUUACUAG